AUGGACUCAUACAGCCCCAACAAGGAAGCCAUCUCCGCGGUCGAUGGUUUGCUCGCGUGCCUUAUCUACCUUGACGAGACCGGCUCAGAGCCGACGGACCCACUUGUUCGUAGUCUCCGGCAACAAACCGGCCAUUACUGGGAGAGCCUUACACGACUUGCAUCCACUCAUACUAUCCCUUGCUUCACUGCCCUCUACAAUUCUUUUGACUCCCGCACACACUUCUACGAAGUAGCCAUCUUCACCUUUCGCAACAUACUGGUGGGCAUCAAACCACAUUCACUCAAUAACAUCUUCCCGCUCUGUAGCUUGUCCUACAUUGCUUCAUGCUGCCUGCAAAACCACGAUAAUGUCUUCGAUAUUGAAGUCUGGCGAAGUGCGAUCCUUGAUCCCGAGGAGCGUCAAACUUUCAGUAAUUUAGCGGGCAUUGUUUGGCCACAAGUACCAUCAAUAUUAACUGAUGAUCCUCUCGAGCCCCAGCUGCUGACACUCUUGUUGGGGGCUUCUACCUACCAAAACCCAUCCGCUCAAAGCUCAACACUUGGAUUCGACUUCAUGCAAGAUGAAUCGCUGCUCAAUGAUUUGUCCGAUCCGUUUUUGGAUUUUAAUGCAAUACCCGAUUCGCCAGUCGCGUUUGGCAUCGAGAUAUCGCAGCCAACUUCGAGUAGUCUCCAAGGCUUACAAGGUUCAGCGAUCGUGUCUAACCUUAUCUCCUUCCUGACAGAAUGUGGGGAUUUCCUCCACGUUUUCUCCGGGCGUGCGGUAACAACCAAAGACUUGUACUCUUGUAUCGCCUUUAUUCAGGGAGGGGCAAGGGUCAAAAGUGUGAUCAACACUUGUUUGAAACGUCUAAAAAGCGAUGAGACUUCCCAAAGUCUGUCUGCGGUGGGAAUCUUGUACAUUGUAGAGAGAUUUGUCGCCCUCGGGUAUCUACAGACCCCAGAAGAGCUGCGAAAGUACAUGUUGUGCGUCGGACGGGCAGUCAUACUUGAAGACGAAGCUCUUGCGGAGUUUUGCCAGACAGUGCGUGAAACGACAGCCACUGUUUCAAGUCCUCUAACUCCUCCACGUGGAGGUGGCCGACGACUCAAGGAACUCAGAUUGAUCCCGCGUCGAGUGAUUCCAUGUGAAGUGUGCGGUCGAUUAUUUUCGAGAACAUACAACAAGAACCGACAUGUCGAGACCAAACAUCCUCGGUCCCAGCUCAGCCCAAGCGCCAAUGGGUUGGUCCAGGGUAGCAUGCGAUUGACAGCUUAG